CUGAGUGGUGCAGAGCAAGCAGCCUGCAGCAGAGAAUGGCGAAGUACCCGCACAGAUGACGAAAAGAAACAAGGAAACGGCUUUUUUUAUCGUACCUAACAUUUGAGAAUUAUAAAAUUAAAGAUCAUGGCGGACCAGCGUCAGAAAUGCUGUGGACUUUGUUGUUUUGAAGUGUUUCUGCUCGGCGGCUCGGCACUGCUUCUCCUUGCAGAAAGGGUUACCCUGAUAUACAGUAUCAUAUACUAUUUUUUGAUCGGACAGCCAUUAUGGGCAGGAUUGACAUUUGCCUUUCUUCUGCCUGCCAGUGGUGUUCAACUGCUAAGUUACUAUUGGUUUUUAGAGGAUGGCAAGAAGAACCGGAGGUGUAUGAUAUUUAUUCACAUUCUUCACCUGGGAAUUUAUAAACGGUAUUUGGACUGCAUUUAUUGGAUGGUUAAGACUACAGGUUAUGCUGGAAAUCUAGGACUAAUAGUCAUGCAGCAGGGUGAUACUGCAGCUCUGCAUUUAAUGGAGGCUCUACUACUCUCUUUGCCACAGGCCUUACUGCAUGGCUAUCUAUUGGUGACAACACAGAUAAGCAUUCUCAUUCCAGCUGCUCUGUCAUCUGGCCUAUGUCUUCUUUCACUUUCUUGGGUGUUGGUCCUACAUAGCCGGGCUUCUUGCCUGAUAAGGCCUGGCCAUGUCAGUCUUCCACCUGCUGCUCUUCUUUGUCAGCUUGUGUGGAGGAUCUGCAUGUUGGGGUCACGUAUUACAACUCUCAUCUUAUUUGCCAGAGCUUAUCAGUGGUGGAUAUUUGGUGUUGGAGGUCUCCAUUGGCUGGCUGCAUCAUUCUGGCUUGGUAGUCAGCAGUCUGACAUUAUUCGUAAUCCAUGGCAUUGGCGUCUCUUCAACUGUGUUGUUGGAGCUGUCCACAUAUUCUGCUUUUUGAAUGUGAAAGAUGGACCAUCUAGGUACCGUGCUGCUGCGUUUUAUAUGGUAAUUCUAUUGGAAAAUGCAGCUCUCUUAUUGCUUGCAUCAGAUUUUCUGCAUUUUUCAUCUUGGAAUAGUUUAGGCACAGCCACAUUGGUCCUUUGCAGUUUCAUUGCUGGAUGUAUAUCUUUGAUUCUAUACUACCGUUUUCUACAUCCAAAGUCCACAGAAAUCUCUACCAACUUCCAAACUGCGUACUCAGGAAAUUCAUGCUGGACCAAAGAAGAAACAUCGUUGCCCUCUGGAAAUAUACCCAUUUGUGUCCCUACUGAGUGCCAAGCUAAUGAAGCACUUUCUUUCACUGGAAUAUUUCAGACUGAUUUGGAAAAUGGUGAAAUUCCUACUCAGGUUACAAAUGCUUUGCAAUCUCCUGGGAACAAAGGACACCACCACUGGUUACUGGUUAAAGUGGCUUUAAAGACAGGUGAUGAAGCAAAAAUAUUUCAAGGUUAUGGGGCAGGAGGAGCCACUUCAGUUUUAGUACUGCCAGAUCAUGAUGAUGUCAAAGAUGAGAAUGUGCAGAAGGAAACAGAGCCAGAAGAGAGCUCUCCAUCAGAAACAGAAGGUGAAUGGGCACAUGGUGUUUUUCCAUAUUCGGAAUCUGAAAACAUGGAUGUUUCACAGUACCUCAGUGUUCAAGCAAGCCCUGAGAUGGCAUCCUUUCAAAAACUUGCAACCAAUGAAAAGUUAGGAAUUUCCUCAAAUUCACCCAGUAGGGGAUCUCCUGAAAGAAGAUCUGUUUGUUUUCAAGAAGGUCUUGAAUAUGUAGGUACAAAAGCAUGUGUACAAAGUCCAGUGGAAUCUGAAUGCAGUUCAACAUUGUACUUCAGUGCUGAUCUUCAGUCCCCUAAUGAUGCAGACAAAGAACUCUCAGAGGGAGAAAUAGAAGAUGAGAGAGCUGUAUUUCCAUCUCCUUUAAAUGAGUGCAGCCCCAUCACAAAGAGCAAAAGGCAAGAAAAGAAUAUCAUGAAUGUAGUGCCUAAAGGAAUACUAAGCAAAGGUGAGCAGGUGUCUCAGCUGGCAGCUCAACCUCGAUUCACUUCCACUCCCAAAUCAGAUAAUGAAAUCCAAAGCAGAAAGCUCAGAAUCUCAGGAGUUAGAAAGCCGAUUGUUCCAUUUGGAGCUGGGAAUAGUGACGGUAUAUAUAAACCAUAAAGCAGUUAACUGUAUUGAAAGACUGCUGAGGAACUAGUUUUGGGAGACACUUCAUAAAGUCCUAUUGUCUCCUUUCCUAGAAGAGUAAAUAUACUUAGGAACAAAUAUCUGCAUGGAAAAAUGGAGAGACUAUAUAAUGAUAUGCCGAAAACAUGUUUGGUUUUACCCCCUUUAACACUUCUUUUUUUUAUAAAAUUACUAAAAUAAUUUGUAAUCAUUUUGUAUAUUUUUAACAACUUGGUACUGAGUUACAAUCUCAUUUAAUUAUUUAUUAAGUUUUAAACUUUUUGUUAGAAUUUUUUAAUAUUUAAACAGUUACAUUUUCAUUGUGAUGUUGGCCUAUUUACUUUUAAUUUAAAAAUUCUAAUAUUUUCCACAGCUAGGUAAUGCUGUUUUUUCUUUUUCUUCAGUGUUAUAAAUCUUACUAAAGCAACUGUGAAUUAAAUAACUAUUUUCACCAAGCUUCCUCUGCAAAAAAAAAAAAAAAAAGUCCCAAUUUCUUUUUAAAUUUUAAAUUAACCUAUAAACCUCAGGACAUAUUCCUACCAAUUUUAAUACCUCGGUAUUCCACACUGUUGUAAAGACAUACUUGUUAUACCAAAUGCAACAGUUAGCAUCACCUAUUUGAGUCUUACAAACAAAAAGUUUUGGACUCUGUUUUUUUUUUUGCCUUGUGCCUGUUGCUUAUGAGAAAGGGUCUAGACCCCUGUGACAAUGACCAGGGUUUAGGAAAGGACACAAUUUGUUUUGAAAUACACUUUUCUUAGUUUAAUUGUGGCAUAAGGAUGAGAAUGAAGUGAUUUAAUGCAAGCCGUCCUGUUCUUGGAGGAGGAGGAGGAGUGAAUGUUUGUAUAUGUAUAUAUACAUGAUAAGCUUUCAGCAUGUACCAGUCCAUAAUAAACUUGAAUUUGAAACUUAAUGUAUUCACUGCAUUGAGCACUAUUUAAAUGGUAAUGAAGUUUAAUAGCAUGUAUCCCACAAUGAAUAUACUGCUUAUUUUAAUAGUUUUAACAUUAAUCACAAGAUACCUGAUUAUAGGCAAACGGUAAACAAUGUUAUUAUUAGUAAACUACAUGUCUAUCUCUUGUCUACAAGCUACAUUCCUCAAUUUAUUUUUCUUUCUUCCUUUGCGCUUUUAAAUCAAUACCUUCUUCUAUCUAAUUUCACUAAAUAGAACUGAGUCUUUUUAACAAUUUCUUUAGAGAUAUAGAAGAUGAAAGAAGUUAUAUUUGUCAACUAAAUACAACUAAUUGGUAUAAUUCGAAGAAAAUCUUAAUCAGAUCUAGCUUACAUAACUUCAUUCUUUGCAGUACUGAACAGUGUUCUGCUAUAUCUUUUGAUUUGUUUCUACUAAACACAUUUCCUGAGGUUUAUCAUUUUAUUCAUUUUGUGAUCACUUGACUUAAAGGGUCUUACAUAAAUUGUUUUUAAAUGUAAUGAAAACAGUUUUAUUGGUUAAAGCAUCCAAACUCUUUCCUUUUAUUAACUGUUGAUUGAAAAUUCUCAAAUGCUAUUUUUCAGUUCAGUGGAAUGUAUUAUAGGACAAAGAGUAUGGCUCAUAUUCACUUAGCUUAUUUUAGCAGUAAUAAAUUAAUAAAAUGUAAUAACUUCAAAGUCAAAGAGAAAUUAUUUUGCAUAUAUUUUACUAUAUAGUAAAUCAAAAGAUGUUUACUGAAAAAAUCUGAGGUGUCCACAUUGUUUUAAUUGUUUCUAUAGUAACACCAAUAAUGAGCUUUCCCCAGAAGAAAAAUAACUGAAUUUUUGUGAAAUAUGUUUUUCAGUACAUUAACUUUUUAUUCCACAAAAUGUAAAUAUGUUCAGUGUGAGCCAACUCUGAGCUGUGAUAGGUUGUAGAAAUAUGUUCCUUUGCAUAAAGUACAAAUAUAAAUUGCUUAGAAAAGACUAAUGCUACUUUGGUUUAGUUAAUUCAAUGUUUAUUUGAUGAAUUUUUCUGUUUUGAACUUAGAGUGAAUCAGUACACAAGUAAAUAGUUACGUGUAACAACUCUGAUGUAGAUUUAUUUAGUUUUAUCACUACAGAGUCUGAGGAAAUGAAAACGUCAGAUUUCUAAGACAAAAAAGUGUGAUUCAGUGGAUUUGAAAUACACAUUUCUUGAGGAAUUUCAGGUACAACUGGGAGGUAAAGUAAUAAUACAUUUGAAAGAGAAAUGGAAAAAUCGUGAAGUGAUUAAUAAAUAACUACUGUUUAAUGAAGUCAUUAAAAUAACAUGAGUAUGUGUCAGGUAUCAUAUAAAGACAAGAUAAGUGGAAAAGAAGCAAUCAUCAGCUAACAAAGACAUUCACAUACUGUACCUUGGUUCAUGACUGUUACCCAUUUAACUGCACUCACAAAUAAGAUUGAGAACCACUGGUAAGGGUGUGCAUGAGAAGAUCAUGCAUUUGAUGUUUGUUAAAGCCAUAUAUUAGUGUCUUGAUACCUUGAUCAUGAUCGGUGAUUGUUUACAGAAAACAUGAUGUCCAUAUUGAAAAUAAGGCAACAGUGAUUCUAAAACUGAACACCGUCAAACAGUGGAAGAAAUGUUAUUUUUAUGAAAGUAGAUCUUCAACAAGUGGUCUAAUUAAGCUUUGUAAGAAAGCUAAAAUAUUAAUUGUGGGACAAUUUAACAUUUCAAAAGUUCAGUUGCCUGAUUUAAAGUAAACUGAAGAAAGAAGUGUGUGCUAAUUUUUUGCACACUUCGAGAAGAUAGAAAAUUAUAUUUUCUCAAUCCUAUAAAAAUGCUUUUUAAAAUCUUUUGUAUAGUGGAAUUGUUUUUAUACUAGUUGAGAUGAAGCCUUUAUGGUUUAACAGUCUUACUCAAGUUUACAUAAUGAGCCAAUGGUGUGAAUUGCCCUUGGAAGUUUAGAGGCAUCUUAGCUACUAGUAUAGAAUACAUGAAUAUUUUCUACAAUUUUCCAAAAGGUUUCAAAUGGAUUUUAUGCUAUCCUAAAAUGGAAUUGUCUCAUCUCUGGAUUUUUAUUAAUCUUUAUCUGACACAAACAAUAAACAAACAUAUAAUUAACAAAUGUAGCACUGAAAGUCCACAGAAUAUGUCAAGUUAGGAUGAAAAAAAAUAUUUGAAAUAUUAUCUUGCCUAUGUGUAGCACAGUUUUUAAUGUUGGUGUGUUUUGUGUAAGUUCUGACUUGUUUAUCUUGUGCCCAGUGCAGUAUGAAUUAAUUCUAAGAGCUAAAGGACAGAAUCAUUCUCUGAAAUCUUUAGACAGCUCUGUUGCUGAUUCAGUGCUUGUUGUCUGUUACCGCCCAACUCACAGCUUAUUAGCUGUUGAUUUCUUUUUAUACCCUGUUCUAGCAGUAUUAUUUCCCAAUCUGGGUGGUUUCCUUAAAACAACUUUUUACAGCAGGGUGCCUUACAAACUUUAUAGAGGCAACUUGGGGUUAAUGCCCAGAUUGGUUAUCUGCGUAAUUUUGUUUCAUUAUUUAUAGUGGGAGCAGUCUUCUAACAAUGCAUCCUACGUGGAAUGUGUGCAAAUUCCUAUUAGAUAAAGUAUCGCUGUACUUAAUGUUAUUAGUCUAGAGUUUUGUUUCACCACUUAUUAAUAGCUUUUCAGCCUUAAAAAGAAUUACAACUGCUUAUGAAUUAAAAUAUAUUUUGUUGUGGAAGUGAAUAUAUUAAAGAAAAGUGGCAUGCCAACCCUUUAAUAACCAUAUUGAAUAAAAAUUGUGUCAUGCAGAUUAACUGAUCUGAACUUGUGCUAGGUUGACAUAAAUUUCAAAAUAUAAACUUCUGUAUAAUUAGAGCAACUGAGUGUGAUUCAUAUUUUCAGACAUAGCACCAUAGAAAUCAAGAUUUCUUAUAGUACAAAUUAAAUACUGUAAAUUCAAUCAGUUUCUGGGCUCUUGCAAAUAUUUCCUGCAUCCAAUUAAUUUUUGUUCAUAUUUUUUAUAUCUAGAUUAUUAUUCUGGUCCAGUUUUUUUUUAUUUUUAUACAAGUUCCUUUAAUCA